CGCGAGGCAUCUUCUCCUUCUUCUUCCGACAUCUCUCUCGCUCUCUUUCUAGAACUCUCUGGUUCAGUGGUUCUUCUUCCGUUUCUUCCCUUCCCCCAAUUUUCACCGCCUACGCCCUUCUCCUUCUCGUCACCUCUCGAAUAUUCCUUCCUCUUCUCCCAUGGCCUUUAUAUACCUCUCCCCUCCUCCUCCUCGCACCAUCGAAGCACAGAGCAAUCAUUGUAAUACGAUUCGAAGCAAUCACUACACGCUCGCGAACAAUCUUAAUUAGUUCCCAUCGAAGCUCCAUCAAUGGCGCCCCAGAACGAAGGCAAGGCAAUUGGGAUCGACCUCGGCACCACUUACAGCUGCGUCGGUGUCUGGCAGAACGACCGCGUUGAGAUCAUUGCCAAUGACCAAGGCAACCGGACGACCCCGUCGUACGUUGCGUUCACAGACACCGAGCGGUUGAUCGGAGAUGCGGCGAAGAAUCAGGUCGCGAUGAACCCCCGGAACACGGUGUUUGACGCCAAGCGGCUGAUCGGGCGGCGGUUCUCUGACCCGUCUGUGCAGAGUGACAUGGUGCAUUGGCCGUUCAAGGUUGUUCCUGGUCCCGGUGACAAGCCGAUGAUCGUGGUGACCUAUAAAGGUGAGGAGAAGCAGUUCUCUCCCGAGGAGAUCUCCUCUAUGGUGCUCGUGAAGAUGAGGGAAAUUGCGGAGGCUUACCUUGGGCACUCCGUCAAGAACGCCGUGAUCACUGUUCCAGCGUACUUCAACGACUCUCAGAGGCAGGCGACGAAGGAUGCCGGAGCCAUCGCUGGGCUCAACGUUAUGAGGAUCAUCAACGAGCCCACCGCUGCUGCAAUUGCCUACGGGCUCGACAAGAAGGCCUCGAGGUCUGGCGAGAAGAAUGUGCUGAUCUUUGAUCUCGGAGGUGGGACAUUUGAUGUGUCGCUGCUGACAAUCGAGGAGGGAAUCUUUGAGGUCAAAGCCACGGCAGGGGAUACUCACCUCGGAGGAGAAGACUUCGACAAUCGGUUGGUGAACCACUUCGUAGCGGAAUUCAAGAGAAAGCACAAGAAGGACAUUAGCGGCAAUGCUCGGGCUCUGAGGAGGUUGAGGACUGCCUGUGAGCGGGCGAAGAGGACUCUGUCCUCGACCACGCAAACCACGAUCGAGAUCGACUCGCUCUAUGAAGGUGUCGACUUCUACUCCACAAUCACGAGGGCGAGGUUCGAGGAGUUGAACAUGGACUUGUUCAGGAAGUGCAUGGAGCCCGUGGAGAAGUGCCUGAGGGACUCAAAGAUUGACAAGAGCCAGGUCCAUGAGGUGGUCCUUGUGGGUGGUUCGACCCGUAUACCGAAAGUCCAACAGCUGCUGCAGGACUUCUUCAAUGGGAAGGAGCUCUGCAAGAGCAUCAACCCGGACGAGGCUGUGGCUUAUGGUGCCGCUGUGCAGGCUGCGAUUCUGAGUGGUGAAGGGAACGAGAAAGUCCAGGACUUGCUCCUGCUCGACGUCACGCCUCUCAGCCUCGGAAUCGAGACCGCUGGAGGCGUGAUGACUGUUUUGAUCCCGAGGAACACCACCAUCCCGGCUAAGAAAGAGCAGAUCUUCUCCACCUAUUCUGAUAACCAACCUGGAGUAUUGAUCCAAGUCUAUGAAGGAGAGAGAGCACGGACCAAAGACAACAACCUCCUUGGAAAAUUCGAGCUCACAGGCAUCCCUCCUGCUCCAAGAGGUGUACCACAAAUCAAUGUGUGCUUUGAUAUUGAUGCGAAUGGCAUCUUAAACGUCUCGGCUGAGGAUAAGACUGCUGGCGUGAAGAACAAGAUCACGAUCACCAACGACAAGGGCAGGUUGAGCAAGGAUGAGAUUGAGAGGAUGGUCAAGGAAGCUGAGAAGUACAAGGCGGAGGACGAGGAGGUGAAGAAGAAGGUCGAUGCCAAGAAUGCCCUGGAGAACUAUGCAUACAACAUGAAGAACACGGUGAAGGAUGAGAAAUUUGCAGGGAAGCUGAAUCCCGCAGACAAGCAGAAGAUCGAGAAGGCUAUUGAAGAGGCAAUUGAGUGGCUUGACAGGAACCAACUUGCUGAGGUUGACGAGUUCGAGGAUAAGUUGAAGGAGUUGGAGGGGUUGUGCAACCCAGUCAUUGCCAAAAUGUAUCAGGGAGGUGCUGGUGACGUACCGAUGGGUGGCACUGGGGACAUGCCGAAUGGGUAUAGCAAGGCCACCCCUAAUGGCACCGGACAAGGGCCAAAGAUUGAGGAAGUCGAUUGAGGUGUUCGGCAAUCCUUCUGCUUGGUGAACUGCAAAAUAUGUCUUGGAUUGAUGGAGAAGAGUGCAAUUGAGAGUGUACAAACCCCCAAUAAUUCGUUAGUUUAGAGUAUGUGGAUGUAAUUCGAGUCCUUAAAGAUACUGCAGAUGUAAAUUGUUUCCUUAUAAUGAAAUUGUAAGCAACUUUUCAUAGUUUUCUCUAUAAUCAAAAUUCGAACUCGAAAUUUCUUCUUCU